UGGGUUGGGGCCCUGCCUGGGGGAGAUUGAUUGUUUGUUUGUUAAUCUUAUGAGGUUAUCUCUCCGUUCACGGCACGAAUUGAGAACAUAUGAUCUCCAAUAGCUGUUUCCCUGACAACAAAAAAAAAAAAGAAGCAAGAAAUUAAGUUUUCUCUCUCCUCCAGAAAGGGAGGGAAAGAGAAAAAGAUGGGGAGGGCGUUUGUGUAUGUGAUACUUGGAGGUGGAGUAGCAGCUGGCUACGCCGCUCUCGAAUUUAUCAAGAAGGGGGUUUCACCUGGUGAACUCUGUAUAAUAUCUGAAGAAUCGGUUGCUCCUUAUGAAAGACCUGCGUUAAGCAAAGGAUUUUUGCUUCCUGAAGCUCCUGCACGGCUUCCAUCAUUUCAUACAUGUGUCGGUUUGAAUGAGGAACGAUUGACGACAAAAUGGUAUAAGGAACAUGGCAUUGAACUUGUCCUUGGAACUCGUGUUAAGUCUGCUGAUGUGAAGCGAAAAACUCUGUUGACAGCAACUGGAGAGACUAUAAGUUACAAGACUCUCAUUGUAGCUACUGGUGCUCGGGCUUUAAAACUUGAAGAAUUCGGGGUGAAUGUAUCAAAUGCUGAAAAUGUGUGUUAUCUGCGUGAUCUUGCUGAUGCGAGCAAGCUUGUUACUGUGAUGCAAUCUUGUGUUAGCGGAAAUGCUGUUGUAAUAGGCGGUGGCUAUAUAGGGAUGGAAUGUGCUGCAUCUUUGGUCAUAAACAAGAUCAACGUAACGAUGGUCUUUCCUGAGGACCACUGCAUGCCACGGUUAUUCACAACCAAGAUUGCAGAUUAUUAUGAGGAGUAUUACAAGGGUAAAGGAGUCAAGUUCGUGAAAGGUACUGUCCUGAUGUCGUUUGAAUUUGACUCCAAUGGGAAGAUCACGGCUGUCAAUCUCAAGGAUGGUACUCGGGUACCUGCUGACAUGGUGGUUGUGGGAAUUGGAAUCCGCCCAAAUACUAGUUUGUUUGAAGGCCAAUUAUCUAUAGAGAAGGGUGGAAUCAAGGUCAACGGGAAAAUGCAAACUAGCAACGAUUCAGUUUAUGCAGUCGGGGAUGUAGCAGCAUUCCCAGUGAAAUUGUUUGGUGACAUUCGACGACUUGAACACGUUGAUUCUGCAAGGAUGACAGCAAGACAUGCUGUCACUGCAAUAAUGGAACCUGACACGACUGAUGACUUUGACUAUAUUCCUUUUUUUUAUUCUAGAGUCUUUGGUUUAUCUUGGCAGUUCUAUGGGGAUAAUGCAGGGGAGGUAGUUCAUUUCGGUGAUUAUUCAGCGAAAAGCUUUGGAGCUUAUUGGAUAAAAGAUGGCCUGCUUGUUGGGUCUUUCCUUGAAGGUGGAAACAAAGAAGAAUAUGAGGCCUUGGCCAGGGCCACCAGGCUUAGGCCUUCAGUUGAAAACUUAGCUGAACUCGAAAAUGAAGGUCUGAGCUUCGCCUAUGUAAUCUGCCAGAAAUCACCAUCAUUUGUUGGUUGCAUUGGAAGUUCAAUUGCUGUAGAGCAGAAACCAAUGCAUGUUUGGCAUGCAACUGCCGGGGUUAUAUUUGCUGCAUCGAUAGCUGGCUUUGCUUACUGGUAUGGAAGAAGGCGUAAAAGAUGGUGAGAAGAAAAAUUCUUUCCAUUUUGUUUUAUUCUUCAUCAAAGUCUGGUCAUUUUCACGUGUUAUAACACUGUCGAUUACCGGAUGAAAUACUUGAUUUUGGCAGAUCACAUCUGUCCUGGUUACUGAUGAAUCCAGUCUUUACAGUUACACUUA